AUGGCUGAAGGCCAACUUGAAGGGGGUUCACUUGACUCACCGGAAAACAGACCCUCAAUAUUUCUGCAAGAGGAUCACUUCAGAAUGCCUUCAGAAUCGAACUUACCGAGUGCAGCGCCUGGGCAGAGCCACGUCCCUUCACUUGAGGGCAUCAGUGCAAGACUUACAUCGCCAGCUGAUUCGCUCAUUCGCAAACCUCCUGCUACAGAUCUACCCAGUAAGCCUUCCACUGAGCAGAUUGAAACACCGUGCGAUCGCACAGAACAGAGCAACAUGGAAGCUCAAGAGACAUCGCCUUUUGAUGAUGCGACAGAUUUCCGCAAUAAUGAGCCCCAGACGAUUGCCAGCCCAGAUAUGGCCCCUCGAAAUGAAGUCGACAAAGACGAUUCUAAAUACACCGCAGACCCCUGCGAUGGUAAACUGCAGCAGCAGAUUUCAUUCGAAGAACCUCAAAACUCACACUAUAUUAUUCUAGACUAUCUCAGCUUCAAGACUUUGUCUUUCACCUGGGCUGAUACCUAUGAUACGAAAGAUUUCGGCCGCCUCUCUACUAUCCUGGCCCCUGCGUUGCGCAUCGACUACAGCAUUGUUGCAUCAACUCUUCCCAAAGUGGAGCGAAUGCCGGCAGACGACUUUUUGGCAUUCGUGUCAUCUCCUUAUUUCUUAGGAGAUCCCUUGAUACACACCCAGCACUUGCUCGGAGCCUCCAAAUUUGAAAGAAUUAGCGAGGACGAAGUGUUGGGCUCGUGGCAAAUCCGGGCUGCGCACCAAAGAUAUGAUCAGACUGGCAGGGUAGAAUGCAAUGGACAUGGCCAUGCAAUGGUUGAGCAUUGGUACAAGAAAGUUCUAGAUGGCGCUGAAAUGGUUUGGAAAUUGGCGGGAGUCCGACCUAACGUGCGGUGGAACGAGGGAAACUUCGAAAAGAUCUUUCGAGGUCCAGUGUGA